GAACUCACCAAUUUAGUUCAUUUGUACCUAACCCAAAUAAAUUUCCAUUGACCUCAUCCAUCUCCUGUUCUCUCUAUAUAUAUCCACUCUAUCAAAGUAUUCACUCACAGAAACACAACCAAAUCCCAAAAAAUAAACUAAAAAUUUCUUGCUUCAUAACUAAUUAAUUAAUAUCUAAAAUUAUACAACAAAAUCAAUCAGGUAAUGGCUCGUCCAAGGAUCUCCAUUUCGAUGAUUUGCUUACUCAUUUUGAUUGUUGGUUUUGUCUUGCAAUCUUCUCAAGCUAGAAAAGUUCUAGUCCCUUACGGCACAAGCAAGGGUUUGUUUCUUAGUGCCCUACCCAAGGGCAAUGUACCACCUUCGGGUCCAAGCGACAAGGGUCACACUUCUCCUCCGGAUGAUACCGACCAGCGUAUGGUACCAGAAAACUCGCCGGAGAUAUACCGUCGACUAGAAUCAGUCCCUAGCCCCGGCGUGGGUCAUUAGGCACAUUAAUUGAUUGUCGUCUUUUCACUUCAUAUAUGUUGACAUGUUGUCGAAUUCUAUUCACAAUGAUAUCAUAUACCGUUCGUAAGUCUUCUCAAGAAUGUUUGUGUAUGUGUGUCUUCAUAUAUAAUUGAUAUAGAUAUGUUUGUGUGUGAUCCGAUCCGUUAUUGAGUAAUAAAAAACCACUAUUCUACACUUUGAUUUAUCAUUUAUUCAAUUAUAUAUGUUGUCGAAUAUUGCAGAUCUCUAUAUGUAACGACAUACAGCUUUUGUCCGUUUGAAAAUAUUAUGUAUUUAGAGAA